AUGUGGAAGUGAACCAUGACCUCAGUAGAACAUUUUCCAGAUCCAGAGAAAAAACUUGAAGAAUUGGAGAAUCGAAUACUGUGUCGAGAAGUCCAGCUAUCCACAUUGCUGGCAAUAUAUGGAGAGCGUCCUCAUCUAAGCUUUCCAUCCAUCUUCAUCUAUGGUCACACCGGCACCGGGAAAACGUAUGUCCUGAAGACCGUGCUGAGCACUCUAGAGCUGCCUCAUGCCAUUGUAAAUUGUGUGGAGUGCUUCACAUCACGGUUACUGUUUGAGCAAAUACUUAAUCAGCUGUACAAUCACCGCCCAGCUCCUGACAAUGAGUAUUCCUCGUAUGAGAGAUGUGACACGUUUAAUGAGUUCAUCCGCUUGUAUAAGAAGGCCAUUGCAAGUCAAGGAUUUGGGAAUGAAACCGUUUACAUUGUCUUGGAUAAAGCUGAACUCCUUCGGGAAAUGGAGGCAAACCUCCUGCCUGGCUUCCUCAGACUUCAGGAACUGACACAGAAUAACGUGACUGUGAUAUUCGUGACUGAAAUAGUUUGGGAAACCUUCCGACCAAACACUGGAUGCCUUGAACCUAUAACCAUAUACUUCACUGACUACAGCAAAG